CUAUUUCUUCCCUCGAUCGAGAUGCGAUCUUUUGCGUCACCACUUCUUCGUGGGCGCACGAGUUGCCUCAGGUUCAAUCGUCUAUCUAUCUGAAGAGAAAGCAGAUUCAUGAGGCUCGCCUCUCCCUGCUAGGUCGAGGAUCGCGGCAGAGGUCAAAACGCAUCCACGGGACACGGGUGGGUGGAGCGGGAGCCGUCGAUCGUGCGAACGAGGCAGAGCCUUCGUUGCCAGGAUUGCGUGUGGCGCGAAGUUAUCUGGAUGGGGGCAAAGAUCGCUCGCUAUACGUCUAGCUAGACUGCUCUCUCUUCUCUUCAAGCCUGCUCGAGCUUGACACUUGUCCAAAACCCCCCGUUUCAAGUUUCACAGCAUCGACAUCUGUCGAGACUUUUCUCAUCCGCCCACGUCUAGGACGUUAUUUGUGCACCUCCCGCAACCCACCCAUUCCCAUACUGUCCUGCCGCUCUCCCUCCCCCGUCGGUCCAUAUUUGUAGCAAUGGACCACAUCGAAGCGAAAGCGUCGUGGCCACCGUCAAGUCUGUCUGGUCGGUUCCCCACAACCUGCACCAAUGUCAUUCGAGCGCAUACAGGGCCCAUCAACGCCGCGCUCUUCAACAGUCGAUCCGCCUACAUCCUCAGCGCCUCCUCCGACCGACAAGUACGUCUCUUCUCCACUCGUUCGCCUCCUGCAUCGAGCAUAUCCCCCGAAUCAAGCUUGGGAGUGAUUGCAAAAAAGGGAAAAGUAGACGAAGGGAUCAAGACGUACGAUUCUGCCAAUAAUGCCGUCUUGGCAUUAGCAUUGGCACCUUCUGACAAGAUUUUCGCUCAAGCUGGAAUGGAUCGUAGCGUGAAUGUUGUGGAUGUGCAGAGCGGUGGUGUGGUGAGGAGAUUCAACGCACAUACAGGAGCUGUACACGCCCUGGCUUUUGCUGGUGCUUCUUCUUCUUCUUCUUCCACCAACAACAACAAUCCCGGCGCACCCGGCUUGACAGGGGGAGAUUCGCUCUUGCUCGCCGCUGGCUUUGAUGCUAGGUGUCGCUUGUACGACCUAAGGGCUAGCGGUGCUUGGAAACCCAUCAUGGAGCUCAAAGAAUCCAAGGACACGAUCUUUUGCUUGGAUGUGAGCGGAGGAAUCUUCAGGACUGCUGGAAUGGAAGGGGUUGUGAGGACGUACGAUGCGAGGAUGGGUCAGAUGACAGAAGACGUAGCAGCCGCUCCUAUCGUCUCGCUAUCCUCUACAUCGACAUCUCUGCUCAUCUCCACUUCUUCUCAGCGAAGAGCAGCCCAUCACCUCCUCUCCACAAGCGAUGGGACUUUGCAAAAGACCCUCAUAGGUCACCAACAAUCCAAUCCAAAAUCUCCCUUUCGAUCCAUCUUUGUGCGCCCUGUCAAGAACACCGCCGCUGCUGCUGCUGCUGACCCAAUAGGAGUUCUGAGCGGCUCCGAGCAAGCGGGUCCCCUACUUUGGAAGCUAAACUCUAAUUCGAGCGCAACGGCUGCUGCGACUCGCACUGCAGAUGCACGAGAAGGAAGUGCGGCAGAAUAUCCGACGGGCUCUGCUUGUUUGGGCGUGGAUCAGGCUAGGGAUGGCUCGUUGUGCAGCUAUCAUCAAGACGGAACGAUUCGAAUCUGGCGAAUGGACGGCAAUUCUUAGUGGAGCAGUUCGAGCAUCGAGAUGCGGCGCAAGAAUGAUGUACCCCCCUCGAAGGUUUGUAGCGGGGUGCGAUGCAUCUGGAUUGUCUGUGAGAGCUUGGCGCGCAUAGUCAAGCAUUAAGUAAACGCGCCUCUCUGUCGCUCUCAAAGGCAUGUCAAGUCCACUCUCACGAGCUAGCAACCGGAUCAGGUCUCCACCAGCUUGGCGCAACUUCUAUUCUCAAUGCGCAACGCAACUGCAGUCGGG